AUGAUCUCAAAAGAGCCCUUUGUCGAGCAAGCGACGAACGGGCAGCAUGGCCCAGAAAGCGACUCAGCCAGAGACCUCUUUUCGCUCGACCACAGAACAAUUAUCGUAACCGGCGCCAUGGGCGGGAUGGGCGUCGUGGUGGCCAAGGCGAUUUUGCAGUCCGGCGCUGACGUGAUUGCCAUCGAUCGCAACGCGGAGCCCAAGGCUUCUCACACAGAAGACCUAUACAGAGCCGCGGAGAAGAGCGGGACCGUCGUGGCCUACUACCAAUGCGACAUCUCCAACCUCGAGUCGACCUACGCCGUGUUCGAAGGCGCCGUCGCCGCCGCCCGGUACCCCCUGCGCGGACUGGUCAACUGCGCCGCGAUCGGCUGGGUUGGCCCGUCCAUCAGCUUUCCCGUCGAGGACGCCAAGCGGAUCAUCGAAGUCAACCUCGUCGGAACGCUGAUAUGUGCGCAGGCCGCGGCGCAGCUGGUCAAGAAGCACAAUUUCUCCGCCAGUUUUGUCUUGAUCGCGAGCAUGAGUGGAUACGUGGUCAACAAGGGCACACCCAACGCGGCGUACGCGGCCUCCAAGGCCGGUGUGCACCAGCUCACGCGCAACCUGGCGUCCGAAUGGGGCUCCUCGACCGACGACGAGGGGCCCUCGAUCCGAGUCAACUCGGUCAGCCCCGGCGUCAUCCGCACCCCGAUGACCGCGGGCGUGCUCUCAAACGGCAACUUGGAACACAUGUGGACCGAGGAGACGAUGCUGAAGCGGCUGUCCGCGCCGGAGGAUUACAGGGGGCCCAUUGUCUUUCUCCUGUCGGAUGCCAGCUCGUACGUCACGGGGGCGGAUCUCUUAGUCGACGGAGGGUACACGGGAUGGUGA